UUUUACUUCUGAGUGUAAAUGUAGCGGAUAUGAAAAUUGAAAAAUUUUCUGAUACUUUAGUAUCAUAUAUAUGUAGUAUUGUUAAUAAAAAAUAUAUGUUAGGAUUAGGUGUAAUAAUAAUUAAUAUAAGAAGUCGCCGGAGUGCAACUGUUUGCAGCAACCCUGGAAUUAUUUGAUGCAACAAAUAAGUUGUCAUGCCAGUUCAAUCUGUACAAGGUUUAAAAAAUACAUGAGCUGGUGGUAUGACUUGUGUUGGAUAAAGAGUGGUAUUGAGUAGUGAAAGUUAAAAUUAGGUGAAUAAGUUUGUAAGUAAGGGAGUCGUGGGUAUAGAAGUGGAAACUGUUUUUAUGGUGGGAUUUUUAUUCCCAUUACUCGGAUUGGACUUAAGAUCGCUAAAGUACAACUUUUAUUUCACAGUUGACCACUUGCUAAAGUACUUUUACGAGGACUGUUGGCUAUUUGUCUUGCGAUUCUUGAAGACAAAUAACUUUAAAAGGUUACAGGUAAAUUUAAAAAAAAAAAGCUUACGAUAAAAUUAAAUAGGAACGAAAUGACUCAACACGUCACAAUUUCCCUGGUGGUCAGCGUUAUUGUUGGACUAUUAGCACUUACCUCUGUAAACGGAUUUCCCGAUGGAGCACCGGUCGAUGUAUGUGUUAAAGAACGACCGAAUCAACCGUAUCAUGGUCAGGUUCGCGCACAACCCGCAAAUACCAAUCCUUAUCAGAUUAUCGCAUCGUCAAAAAGUUAUGGACCUGGAAAACAGAUUAGCGUAAGCAUCAGAGGUGACACAUUCAAAGGUUUCUUCAUACAAGCAAGAGAUUCUCGUACUCAUGCAUGGAUAGGAAGUUUUGCAACAACACCCAACACUAAAGUUUUCGACGAAUGUAGCGCAGUAACUCAUGCAGAUCCAAAAGAUAAGCAAGAAGCGACAUUAAUUUGGAAUUCUCCACCUAAGGGACAGGGUCAAGUUUAUUUCACUGGAAGUGUCUUGAAAAAUUACUCGACUUUCUGGGCAGACUUGAUUUCUCAAUAGAGUUACUGAGGAAAUGUGAUGUCAAUAAGGAUUUUUUAAUGAAAUUAUUAUAAAUUAUUUCGUCAUCAAAGCAGUAAAAGUUGCUCGUUUAUAAAUAAACGGAUAAGAUAUUCUUAAGAUUAAUUAUACAGCUAUAAGUUUAUAUAUAUUUUUUA